GAUUCUUGUUUCCCAUAUGAAGGUUGAAGGUGUAAGUAACUAGGAUUCUUAUUCCCAAGUGUGAGCAAGGAGAGAGGUGAGUGUAGGCUGAGUGAAUUGUAGUAAACGAAGACGCAAUCCUCGGGCGUUCAAGUCUCAACCCAAUCAGCCACUCUCUGAGGCACCGGCGAUUCUCCGAUGUCAAGUUUUCACGUCGGUGGCAAGGUGGUCGACAAGGUUGAUCUCUACAAGAAGAAGCAAUGGCCGUGGCGGUUAGACCUCUGGCCUUUCGCCAUCAUCUACGCCGCUUGGGCAUCGACGAUUCUUCCCAGCCUCGACUUCGUCGACGCCAUGAUUGUCUUCGGCGCGCUCGUUUCUCUUCACAUCCUCGUUUUUCUCUUCACCAGUUGGUCCGUUGAUUUCAAAUGUUUCGCCCAUUAUAGCAAGGUUAAGAGUAUUCACCAGGCUGAUUCUUGCAAGAUAACUCCGGCUAAGUUCUGUGGUUCUAAGGAAGUUGUGCCGCUCCAUUUUCGGAAAAUUUCUGCAGGUGGUUCAUCAACAUUGGAUGUGGAAGAGAUUUACUUUGAUUUUAGAAAACAAUGCUUUGUCUAUUCAAAUGACAAGGGGACUUUUUGCAAACUUUCUUACCCUACCAAGGAAACAUUUGGAUAUUAUCUCAAGAGUAGUGGCCAUGGCUCUGAAGCUAAAGUUCUUGCGGCUACUGAGAAAUGGGGGCGGAAUGUAUUUGAUUAUCCCCAGCCAACAUUUCAGAAAUUAUUGAAAGAGCACUGCAUGGAGCCUUUUUUUGUAUUUCAGGUUUUCUGUGUGGGCCUCUGGUGUUUGGAUGAAUAUUGGUAUUAUAGUUUAUUCACUCUAUUUAUGCUAUUUAUGUUUGAGUCAACCAUGGCAAAAAGUCGGUUGAAGACUUUAACUGAGUUAAGACGUGUUAGAGUUGAUAAUCAGAUCCUAACGGUACAUCGCUGUGGCAAAUGGGUGAAACUCUCUGGUACCGACCUUUUGCCUGGGGAUGUUGUCUCUAUAGGUCGCUCUUCUGGUCAGAAUGGUGAAGAGAAGUCUGUACCUGCAGACAUGCUUAUAUUAGCUGGAAGUGCAAUUGUAAAUGAAGCUAUUCUCACAGGCGAGUCUACUCCUCAAUGGAAGAUUGCUAUUAUGGGUAGGGGGAUUGAGGAGAAAUUGUCAGCAAAGCGAGAUAAAACCCAUGUUUUAUUUGGUGGAACUAAAAUAUUGCAGCACACUCCAGAUAAGACCUUUCCUCUAAAAACACCUGAUGGUGGCUGCGUGGCUGUUGUCCUGAGAACGGGAUUUGAAACAAGUCAAGGAAAGUUGAUGCGAACAAUCUUAUUCUCUACAGAAAGGGUGACUGCUAAUAGCUGGGAAAGUGGACUGUUCAUUCUAUUCUUGGUUGUAUUUGCUCUAAUUGCUGCUGGUUAUGUGCUUAUCAAGGGGCUAGAAGAUCCCACAAGGAGCAAGUAUAAACUUGUACUAAGUUGUUCACUUAUUAUUACUUCUGUGAUACCACCUGAGUUACCAAUGGAAUUAUCAAUAGCUGUUAAUACGUCACUUAUUGCACUUGCUCGCCGUGGAAUAUUUUGCACUGAACCUUUUCGAAUACCGUUUGCUGGGAAGGUUGAUAUAUGCUGUUUUGACAAGACUGGGACACUUACAUCGGAUGACAUGGAGUUUUCUGGAGUUGUUGGGUUGACAGAAACUACAGAUUUGGAAUCUGAUAUGAGUAGAGUGCCUGUGCGAACAGUAGAAAUUCUGGCUUCUUGCCAUGCAUUGGUAUUUGUUGAGAAUAAGCUGGUUGGUGAUCCUCUUGAGAAGGCUGCCCUUAAGGGAAUUGAUUGGAGUUAUAAAUCUGAUGAGAAGGCUGUUCCCAAAAAGGGAAAUGGCAAUCCCGUCCAAAUUGUUCAGCGGUACCAUUUUGCAUCUCACUUAAAACGAAUGGCAGUUGUUGUUCGUAUUCAGGAAGAAUUUUUCGCCUUUGUGAAGGGUGCCCCAGAAAUUAUACAAGAUAGGCUCAUCGAUAUACCACCAUCAUAUAUUGAGACCUACAAAAAAUACACACGUCAAGGGUCCCGUGUUCUUGCUCUGGCAUACAAGUCUCUUUCUGACAUGACAGUCAGUGAAGCUAGAAGCUUGGACAGGGACUUAGUGGAGAGUGGACUUACUUUUGCAGGUUUUGUGGUAUUUAAUUGUCCCAUAAGAUCUGAUUCAGCCACUGUUUUGUCUGAAUUGAAAGAAUCUUCACAUGACUUGGUGAUGAUUACUGGUGACCAAGCUUUGACAGCAUGCCAUGUUGCUAGUCAAGUUCAUAUUAUAUCAAAACCUAUAUUAAUCCUUGGCCGAGCAGGUCAUGGUGAAGGAUAUAACUGGGUGUCCCCUGAUGAGACUGAGAACAUCCGCUACAGUGAAAAAGAGGUUGAGUCUUUAUCAGAGACUCAUGAUCUGUGUGUUGGAGGUGACUGCUUUGAGAUGUUGCAACAGACAGAAGCUCAUCUUCUAGUCAUUCCUCAUGUGAAGGUUUUUGCUAGAGUUGCUCCCGAGCAAAAGGAGCUUAUCAUGACCACUUACAAAACAGUUGGACGGGUAACUUUGAUGUGUGGGGAUGGAACCAAUGAUGUUGGAGCUCUGAAGCAGGCCCACGUAGGAGUUGCUCUUCUGAAUGCAAUUCCUCCAACUCCAAGUGGAAACUCCUCUUCAGAUUCACCGGGAGAAGAAGGUUCAAAAUCUGGCAAGCAAAAGAAAUCUAAGCCUUCACCGGAAACAUCUGGAAAGAUUAUUAGCCCAAUUGGGGAAGGCACUUCAAAAUCCACCAGCCAUUCAUCUGGUAACCGUCAUCAGGCAGCUGUUGAGAUGCAAAAACAGAAGCUUAAGAAGAUGAUGGAUGAGCUUAAUGAGGAAGGGGAUGGCCGUGCACCUGUUGUCAAGCUUGGUGAUGCCUCAAUGGCAUCUCCAUUCACCGCAAAGCAUGCAUCUGUUGCUCCCACGACUGACAUAAUUCGUCAAGGUCGGAGUACCCUGGUGACAACCCUCCAGAUGUUUAAAAUUCUGGGCCUCAACUGCCUUGCUACUGCAUACGUGUUGAGUGUUAUGUAUUUGGAUGGUGUCAAGCUAGGUGAUAUACAAGCCACGAUAAGCGGUGUCUUCACUGCUGCAUUUUUCCUCUUUAUAUCAAACGCACGCCCUCUUCCUACUCUCUCAGCUGAACGCCCCCACCCCAACAUCUUCUGUGCUUAUGUUCUCCUUUCCCUCUUGGGACAAUUUUCCAUCCACAUCUUUUAUCUGAUUUCAUCUGUAAAAGAAGCUGAAAAAUACAUGCCAGAUGAAUGCAUUGAACCUGAUGCAGAUUUUCAUCCAAACCUGGUAAACACUGUUUCCUACACGGUGAACAUGAUGCUUCAGGUGGCCACAUUUGCUGUGAACUAUAUGGGUCAUCCCUUCAACCAAAGUAUUCCUGAAAACAAACCGUUCUUGUACGCGCUUCUUGCUGCUGUUGUUUUCUUUACUGCGAUUGCAUCUGAUAUCUUCAGGGACUUAAAUGACUGGUUGAAGUUGGUGCCAUUACCAGCUGGUUUAAGGAAUAAACUAUUGACUUGGGCGUUUCUAAUGUUUCUGGCAUGCUUCUCAUGGGAGAGACUAUUGAGGUGGGCCUUCCCUGGUAAGAUCCCAGCUUGGAAGAAACGACAACGGGUUGCUGUAUCUAAUUUAGAAAAGAAGAAACAGCUCUAAGUAGUUGAAGAGAUGGUAGUGAAGGAAAACACUGACGAUUGGCAAUGCAGUGAUGACUAGUCAGAGACGGAGAUUGUGGCCUUCUACUUGUGAACAAAGAGAUACGCAGUAUUGAUGAGUUUUGUUGUAGGCUAUUUUGUCUUUUUAGUUCUUUCCCUAUUGAUGGAUGGGGAACUUAACCACUGUCAAAUCAUUUUUGGGAAGAAAGGUAUGAAUUUUACAACACGUGCCCUCCCAAUCAUUUAAGAUGUUUUUAUUAGCACAGGAGUUUUGUAUUAUUCAAAUUUACGAUUCAUUCUACUCAUCUUUUAUCUCGUGAACUUAGUUUAAAUGUAAAAUCAAAGCAGCAUUUCAUUA